GACACCCAUCUCGUGUCGUUAUAGAGCUAUGGUCCUGUCGUUCAGCUACUGUUGUUGGGACAAUGACCUCAGGAAUAGCAUCUGUACAUUUAUUACCAAUACAGCGAAAGUUUCCUCUUAACAUAUCAUUCAUUUCAUAGUUACGUUGUCUCCAAAUUCAAUAUACCUAAUGUGCGGUAUACAGUAGAUUCAAUAAUCUUGUCCAUUGUUCCGUAUACACGGGGAAACAGGUUUUAUAAACAUCGCUAUCAUGUCGAGAUCGUUGUUGCUGUGCCUCCGGUAAUAUUAAUUAUGCAUUCCAGUAUCUUCUGAAGUUUCCAUUGGCCAUCAAGUAUGACCUACGCACGUUAAAUUCUCCGAGGCUCAUUGGCAUAGGAGGCGGGGCGAUAAAAGGAACACGUCAUCACUGUCGCUUUCCCUCGCUCUCCUCCGGAACCUUGUCCUACAGAAAGCUCCGCCCUUCCCACACCGGGGGUAUCUAUAGCUACCCAGACCGACGUCGACACCUAUAAACAUUUGUUUACAGAACUGUUUGUUGUUGUAUUGCUUAAUAUUGUUGACAGUUAAAUUACCUAACUGUAGUGAUGGGUGUUGUAGACGGCAUCAAAUCGGCUUCCCUCUUUGGAAAGUUAGCAUUCUUUUUGUUGGCUGUAGCUUUGCUGAUUGUCUAUAUCGCAUUCGCCACGACAGGGUGGGGAGAAAAUGCUUCGGGGAAGCAUUGGGGGUUAUGGCGAAUAUGUGGCAACAACGAGUACAGCCCUGGGUGUACCCCAGUCGACGGAUGGGCUCUAGAUUGGUACGUAGCCACCCAAGCUUUGGCUAUAUUCGGCUUCGUGGGAAUCAACGUCGCCUUCUUGUUGGUAUGCCUUCUUCUCUUCACGUCUCAAUGUGGGGGCAACAAAGAGGUCGGCAUGGGCGCCGCAAUCAUCUGCCUCAUCACAGGCGUCCUGCUGCUGAUUGGGUGUAUUGUAUUCGGUGUAAAGUUUGAUGAUCGCUACAUCGACCAAUUUCCAACGAUUAAACACAAACUAUCUUACUCAUUCGGACUAGCUAUUGUUGCCAGUAUACUGGAAAUCGUGGCGGGAGUUUUCAUGCUGGUGAACGGACUAGGGAAAGGAACCUCACCUUCCGGCUGAUCAACCUGGUGUGCAUGUAGAGCGUUAAAUAAUUAAAUAAACGUAUUAGAUACAACGACUGAACUAAAACUGUGUUUCCUAAUACUACACAGCAUAGAGUGUUUAUAUUUAAAGACGUUUGUCGACAUCGUUCCUCAUAUACAUGAAAGUGUGAUAUAGUACCCGAGUUUGAGCUCCCCCCCAUAGUGGUAUUGUAAUACUGUGUGGAGGAUGUAGGAGAUCACGAGCUUACUGUUUCUGCAUCAUCUAAAGUCCUACACGUGUUACAAUGUAAUACUUGUGAUAAUAUUUAUAAAAAAAAACAUUUAUAUUUUCUAAAUAAACCAUAAUGUACUAUAAAAUA